UGCUCCUCCUCUUCCCCAAGGCCCCGCCCUCUGGCCAGGUGGCAAGACAGAACCGGGCCAUGGUAAGAGCUGCCCAAGGAGCCCAGGCUGCUGCCGGAAUCUCUGGACCCUCCACCUGCCCUGGGUGGGGUGUUGGAAUGCCCAAGAGCAGCCUGGGCCUGUGUUCCUGCCCCACAGGAUGCACUGCCCGGGGCAGGUGGAGGGUCUGGGACUCUGGGGCUCCCCACAGCAGCCUGGGCUCGCUGGGUGGCUCCUACUGCUCAGGUCUGGCUUCUGGCCUGGCCAGGGGCAGGGCUUCGGGGGGGGAGAGGAGGAGUAGGGGGCAGAGCCUCAUGGCAAGGGGGGGUUAAGGCCCACCUCAGCACCCUCCCCCCACUGGGAAGAGGCUGGCGCCACCCCUGAGCCUCAGCAACUAUUGUUUCUGCAUGGACUAUAAAUACACACCGCUCCUCACAGCAACCCGCCAGCGGCCCAUGAAGCUUGCCUACGCCAUGAAGUUCCUGCUGUUCCUCUUCCUCGUCCUUCUCACCUUGGGGUCCCUGUGCACUGCCCAGUGUUACAUGAGACCCCCAAACAAAUACGGCUGUGUUGAAAACAGAAAGCUGUAUCACUUCGGUGUAGUGUGGAAGACCAAGGAUUGUUUCAGAUGUGAAUGUCAGCCGCGAGCAAUGAUCUGCUGCAGCCUCGUUUUCAGACCCACCAACUACGACCGAGAGAACUGCAUCGCCCUGUUCCAUAGGAAGAGCUGCUCUAUGCGCGUGGUGUGGAAGAGUGAUCCUCAGGAACCCUGCAAUGUCUUUGCCGGAGUUGGUUAAGACUGCUUUGAAGUGGUCUUCUCAUUCAGCAGCUUUCUUGCAAGUUGAGCAGACCCAGCACCACUCCCUUAGAGGAAAGCAGCGAAUCAGUGUGUUUCAGGAAUAACAGGCUUGUGUCCCCCUUUUCACACAUGCUCUGCUGUGACUUCUCUUGUUACGUACAGAUUUGUGACUGAGAUUUAAUCAAAGAUCAUUUACGGUAACAUCAUCUCUGAUGAAAUCUGGGGUUAAAUAAAGACACAAGCAUCAAGCUCU